UGCAGUUCCUGUUACUAGUUCAAAUGAUUGGCUACCAUUGGUGACGCAGAAAAGGAUAUAGAAGGAUGGUAUAAAUUGUGGGAAAAAGCCACUUUCAUCUGGAGAGCAGCAGAAAAGUUGACAGAAACCGGACAAACGCAGAAUAUCAAGUCAAACUGAACCUGUUCUUGGCCCACAGGAUGACACAACAAGUGGAUAAAAGGUGUUUGCACUAUCAGGUUCUUGGAUUGAUGGUGGUGUUGUCCGUAUUUUCUGGACUUGGAGACACUAAUGAGAAGUCAGAAGAUGUGAUCCUAACAAACACAACACACAGUAAUGGAAGUGAAGAGGAACCACGAGUUUUGGCUGUUCAAAGGCCCUGCGGUCCAAAGCACGAGGGAUUCUGUUUCAACGGCGUAUGUUCCUACUCCUCUGACCUGGAAACCCCUAUCUGCCGGUGCAACGAAAUGUACAGCGGUGUGCGCUGUGAACAUGUUAUAAUGGAUUAUAAAAGUCUGUCUAGUCCUGAAGAAAUUAUUGGAAUUAGCUGUGGCGUUGUUUUAUUACUGGGAUUCGUCAUCGUACUGAUGUACUGCUGCUUACAGAAAAGGUGUCAGAAAUCAUCUCCACCCUACAAGAACUGUGGCUCUGAGAACUCAGUUUAAGUUAUUUGGCCGGAUAUAAUUUAUGUCCUGAAAUAAAGUGCUUUUAGGAGGACUAAAGCGAGACAGGGCAGACUGUGGUGUAGAGACACAACACCCUCUGGAGGACUAAGCGAGAAUUGCAAAGAGACACUUCAAGAUCUCCAUGUUUUACAAACGACACAUUGAUGAUCCUGGACCAGAAAACCAGUCAUAAGGGUCUUUUUUUAUCAUCUGGAAGCUGAAUAAAAGCACCUUCCAUUGAUGUAUGGUUUGUUAGGAUAGGACAAUAUGUGGCUUAGAAACAAACUGAAGGUGCAACAAAAUCAACAUUUUGAGAAAAUCACCUUUAAAGUUGUCCCAAAGUUCUUAGCAAUGCAUAUUGCUAAUCAAAAAUAAAGUUUUGAUAUAUCUACGAUGGGGAAUUUACUAAUUAUCUUCACUGAACAUGAUCUUUUGGCAUAAAAGAGAAAUCGAUCAUUUUGACCCAUGCAAUGUAUUGUUGGCUUUUGUGACAAAUAUACCUGUGCUACUUAUGACUGGUUUUGUGGUCCAGGGUUACAUUAAUGUAGUGAAUUACAGUUCAGUCACAAUGAAAAAAUGCAAAUGGUUGUUUAACACAAUCAUUGUAAAUUAAUGACAUGUUUCUGAUACGCAGUACUUGUAAUUGUACUGUAAUAUAAAAAAAAUUAUUUACUACCAUUUAAAAACUGCACGUAGAACUAUCAAUCCGAUGAUUUUUUGUUUAUCCAUGAGCAACUGUCCUACGCUGCCUCCGUUAUGAAUGUAUUAUGUAAGUGCACAUAGGUAUUUAUUGCACAGCUAUGAACAUGAUAAUACUAAAUAUAAAACCGAAACUGUGCUAAUGUAUUUUUUAUUUGGAUAUUUAUUUAUUGACAGAUUUGUAUAAAAUUUGCACCUAAAAUAAAAAAAGAAAAAA